AUGCCGCUCUGUCUCACCAUCAUCGAAUUGGAGAAGGCUUCCGACUCAGUUGAGACGGAAGUGGUCGUGGAAGCCUUUGACAACCAAGGCAUCCCUACUCAGUACAUAAAGCUACUUCGAGAGUUAUGCAGUAACUUCACGCCCGGAAUUUCGCCAUUCUACAAGAAUAUCGUCAUUGACCUACCCUCGAGAACGAACGAAGUGAAGGUUGAUGGUUGGCAGCCACAUCGUUUGCGCCUUGCUGAUGACAUCGUACUGAUAACACCUAGCAUCAGCCAAGCGGAACGAAUGCUGAAUGGAACGAACAUAUCCGAAUGCACCAGCAACGUUUAUCUGGAUCGGGAGUUGAACAUUAUGAACGACCUGACCCCCGAGCUGGCCAGGAGGAGAUGA